AUGUACGAGGCUUCGAAGGCUCCAGUUUCCAAGGAUGUUCUGUUACGGACGAACGCCGUCAUGCUCGUCCUAACGUCCGGAUUUGUCUUUGCGCGCGCCGUAUUGCAAAUCGCCAAACGUAAACCGUUCGAGCUGCCAGACUUCUUUGUCUAUUUUGCGUAUUGCUUGUUCAUCGCGCUAUGGGCUUGCUAUCACGUCGUUACGCCACCGAUAUACAGGGCGUAUGCUUUCAUGGAAGGAGAGACUGAAGCGUACGCCACUAUGAAAAACGAUGCUAUUGCAAUGCUGAAGUUCCUCGUGGCUGGUCAGAUCUGCUUUUACACCCUUCUUAUCUCGGUCAAGAUGUCAUUGAUGACGUUGUAUCGGAAGUUGCUCGCUGGGCUGCCAAGCAUCUACAGGAAGAUAUGGUGGGCCUUGGUCGCUUUUUACCUCUGGGCGUGGAUUGGUAGUGUCACUAGCACUUUUACUACAUGCGACGACCUAAACGCGGAGUUCAGAGAGGGCCAGUGCGGCGGAACUCUUGACGAGGACCGAAGAGUCAUCUUCAGUCUCUACUUCGCGUACUCCGUCGAUGUGGCGACCGAUUUAGCAAGUAAGCGCAUCAUUUAA